GUGUGCACCCGCGUGUGUUUCCCCUGAACAUGUCCGUAGCACAGAUGGACGCUCAGGUAUCGGAAAUAGGUUUCCAUUUGUAAUUGAUAGGCUUUGCUGGUACCACUUGCAUCCAUGGGGAAUUGAGCUGGGGGGAGGAAUGGUGAUUUUGAAAAGCGAAGUAUUAGACUCUUACUGCUUUUCCCUAGAUCAGCUGAAUUCUGGAGAGCUCUGUUGCUGUCAUCUAGGGGUCUCAAACUCAGAUGCCUACAGGGGCCAGGAAGGAAACUUACAUGAGAGAAGUAAAGCGGGUGUUAGGAAGACAACAGGGAGGGGUAGGGACUGUGGUAGAUUGUAGCAUUCAUGCCCUGCCUAAAGGGGGCAGUCAUUUCUCAGCUGGAAUUUGGGCCAAAUAUUACCAGAUAGUCUGAUUUUUCAAAAGAGACCAAGAUAUACGAAUUUUUACAUGAAAUGUCCCCAUUUUCAAAAUCUUCUCCAAGCCAGGCAAAAUAUUUGUGAACCAAAUGCAGCCCACGAGCUAUGAAUGAAUAAGCGAUCUCAUUCUAGUGGCACAAACCCUUAGCUUUGAGGGGGGAAGGAAGAAGUCUAUAGAAGCUGAGAUUUCGACCUCAGUUUCUCAGAAGUGCCCUCAUCGUGUUGGCCUCAGCAACAGGAAACGUACUCAUUUGUUGAGCAUUUCUUGGAGCUUUUACACCGCUGGGCACAGAGAUCCAGAGAUGAGUAAAGCACACUCUUCCCCCAGGGAGCAAGCAGUCUACUAAGGAGCCAGGCUUGCACACAGAUCAUUCGAAAACAGGUGACAAGUGCAGUGAAGAUAAAUGGUGGGGAGCGGGGGGCUGACAUUCGAUUUAGCUGGAAGAGCCAAGGAGGGCUUUCUGGAGGAGUGAGCAUGCCUGUCCAAUUCAUUCCUGUAUCCUCAAGAUAAUGUUUACUGAUAUAUGAGCAAACAUGGCACUGUUGUGACAACUGUGCAUUUUUUGGACAUUGACCCUGAUUUAUGGCAAGUGAUAUCAGUUUUCCAUGUAUGGAAGGAAUACAAGGUGUCCAUUUGAGUUAAAUACUAAUACAGUAGACAGUGGGAGUUCUCUGGUGGCCUAGUGGUUAGGAUUCCAGGCUUUCACUGCCAUGGCCCGGGUUCAAUCCCUGGUUAGGGAACUGAGAUCCUGCAAGCCACGUUGUACGGCCAAAAAAUAAAUAAAAUAAAAUAAUUUUUAAAAUAAUAGUAGACAGCAAGUAUUGAGUACCUACCAUGUCCCAGGCGCUGUAUUAAGGGGUCUUAGACAGUACAUAAUUCAUUGAAUCCUCUCAGUAAUCCUGUGAAGUAGAUCAUAUGGUCAUACCCAUUUUACAGAUGAGGAAUUGAAACACAUUGAGGUUGAGUAACUUGCCCAGGCCACGUGGCUCCAAAAUCUAUGCUCGUAACCACAACAGCAGACAGACAUUUAUUACUUACAGUUCUGGAGGCUGGGAGUCUGAGAUCAGGGUGCCAGCAUGGUUGGGUUCUGAUGGGGGCUCUCUUCCUGACUUGCAGGUGGCUGCCUUCUCACUGUGCCCUCACAUGGGACCUCUAGUGUCUCUUCCUCUACUUAUAAGGGCACUAAUCCCACCACGGGGGCUCCACCCUCAUGACUUCAUCUAAACCUAAUCACCCCCCAAAGGCCCCACCUCCUAAUACCAACCCAUUGGAGGUUAGGGCUUCCCCCUGUGAAUUUGGGGGAACACAAUUCAGUCCAUAUCAGCAAACAUCUGCAGAAUCAGCGUCAUCCGGGGAGACUCAGGAGUCACUGUGGGUCUUUCCUCCCCUCUCCCCCCAGGCCCGAGAGGGAUGUGAAGGCCCAAAAUGACCCUCUUACCGGGAGACAAUUCUGAUUACGACUACAGCGCGCUGAGCUGCGCCUCCGAUGCCUCCUUCCACCCGGCCUUCUUCCCCCAAAGCCAAUCACUCAAGGGCGUCUUCUACCGCCGAGCCCAGCGGCUGCGGCCACAAGACGAGCCCCACCAGGGCGGCCAGCCAGAGGACCGCAGGCGCCAGAUCAUCAUCAACGUGGGCGGCAUCAAGUACUCGCUGCCCUGGACCACGCUGGAGGAGUUCCCGCUAACGCGGCUGGGCCAGCUCAAGGCCUGCACCAACUUCGACGACAUCCUCAACGUGUGCGAUGACUACGACGUCACCUGCAAUGAGUUCUUCUUCGACCGCAACCCGGGGGCCUUCGGCACCAUCCUGACCUUCCUGCGGGCUGGCAAGCUGCGUCUGCUGCGGGAGAUGUGCGCCCUGUCCUUCCAGGAGGAGCUGCUCUACUGGGGCAUCGCCGAGGACCACCUGGACGGCUGCUGCAAGCGCCGCUACCUGCAGAAGAUCGAGGAGUUCGCCGAGAUGGUGGAGCGGGAGGAUGAGGACGACCCGCUGGACAGCGAGGACCACGACAGCGAGGGCCCCACGGAGGGCGAGGGCCGCCUGGGCCGCUGCAUGCGGAGACUGCGCGACAUGGUAGAGAGGCCGCACUCAGGGCUGCCCGGCAAGGUGUUCGCCUGCCUGUCGGUGCUCUUUGUCACCGUCACCGCCGUCAACCUCUCCAUCAGCACCUUACCCAGCCUGAGGGAGGAGGAGGAGAAGGGCCAGUGCUCUCCGAUGUGCCACAACAUCUUCAUCGUGGAGUCUGUGUGUGUGGGCUGGUUCUCCCUCGAGUUCCUCCUGCGGCUCAUCCAGGCGCCCAGCAAGUUUGCCUUCCUGCGGAGCCCGCUGACGCUGAUUGACAUGGUGGCCAUCCUGCCCUACUACAUCACCCUGCUGGUGGACGGCGCCGCCGCGGACCGCCGCAAGCCCGGCACGGGCAACAGCUACCUGGACAAGGUGGGGCUGGUGCUGCGGGUCCUGCGGGCCCUGCGCAUCCUAUACGUCAUGCGCCUGGCCCGCCACUCGCUGGGGCUGCAGACGCUGGGGCUCACGGCCCGCCGCUGCACCCGCGAGUUCGGGCUCCUGCUGCUCUUCCUCUGCGUGGCCGUCGCCCUCUUUGCCCCCCUCCUCUACGUCGUCGAGAACGAGAUGGCCGAGAGCCCCGAGUUCACCAGCAUCCCCGCCUGCUACUGGUGGGCUGUCAUCACCAUGACGACCGUGGGCUAUGGCGACAUGGUACCCAGGAGCACGCCCGGCCAGGUGGUGGCGCUCAGCAGCAUCCUCAGCGGCAUCCUCCUCAUGGCCUUCCCCGUGACCUCCAUCUUCCACACCUUCUCCCGCUCCUACCUGGAGCUCAAGCAGGAGCAAGAGAGGGUGAUGUUCCGGAGGACCCAGUUCCUCAUCAGAACCAAGUCGCGGCUGAGCAGCGUGUCCCGCGACAGUGCCGUCUUGUUUGGAAGUGCCUCCUCAGACACCAGAGACGACAACUGAGCCCAGAGGACACGCCCCGCCGCCGCCGCCGCCGCCGCCGGGACACCCCCAGCCCUGCCCGCCCUCGGAGGCCUGAAGCCAUCGCCGUCACUACAGAAGCCUUCGAAGGCACGUGCUGCUUCUGAGCGCAGCCCCGGCCUAGGAGUGACCGAGCCACGCCCCGGGGAGGAUGUCCCGGCACCCAUCCGCAGGGGCUCCCUGGCCCCCAGAGUCCAGAGGGGAAGCCCAGCGCACGGCCCUGUCGGCGCCCCCGCCCGCCCCAGCCCCCAUGCCUGUCUCCCUAGUAAGGAAAUGGCUUGUUCUUUCCACCGUGUAAAUAACACGCCCAGCAAAGACUUGCUUUCUGGGGCUGCCUAGAGAAAACACACCAACAGCAGCAGCUACACGUCUGUCUUUAGCAUGGAUCAUGAGCAAUUACAGAAAACCGGUGAAACAGAGAGAAAAAGCCUUCCAUGGAGCUCUCUUAAGAGAGGAAACGGCGCUUCCCAGCAAGGCCAGCCAGUGUGGGAACCAGAAGUAAAAGGGCCUGUCUCCUUGGGUCCUUCAUGCCUGGUGGGGUCCCCGUGGGGUUGGAGGAAAACGGGGCAGGUACCUUUGGGAAACUGCUGGUGAAGCCCGCAGUCCCUCACUCUUCUAUCUCUUUGGUUCCUCCCACCUCCAGGCCUCUCUUUCCCUCCUUUUUCCUUCUCUCCUAUCUGCUGUUCUCCUCUUUUGCACCUUAAGGCCUGUUUCUCAAACUUUCUCCCCAAGGCACCCCUAACAGCCAAGUAGAUACCAAGUCAGCAUUGCUGACUACAAAGGUGAAAUCACUUCAUUUUCUCUUUUAAAAAAACAGUGUGGAUUUUUCAAUUCUAUGCCUCGUUUAUUUUUUGAAAAAAAAAAAAAAAAAAUGCUUCAGACCGUUUAUCUGAAUCUAAACGUAAACCUAGAUGACAUUAGGUUGAUGCUUUGGGAAGGUGGACCACAGUUUUCUGGGCCAUCUGAGAGCAUAGUCUGAAGCCCCCAAAGGCCUCCCUGGGCCCCUCAAAGACCUACAGAGCACCCACCCGACCAGGAACACCUCCCGAUCUCAUGCAGCGUGGAUGGUGCCAGGUAGAGAGGGAGCCCCAGGGCAGCCCACCAGAUUUACUCUGCUCGCAGAGUUCAGAGCCCCUCGGUGCCAGUCUGGAGAGGGGGCUUGGCGCCCAGGUGGCGGUCACACGCCUGCCUUCCGCCUCACAGAUACCGCAGCAUCGCUGGCUUCUCCACCCCAAAUGCCUGCUGCCUUGGCCCCGGCCCCUCCCCUCGGCCAGCUGCGGAAAGCAAGCUCUAAAACAAAUCUGGUCCCAACACUGUCCUGCCUAAACACACAGCGGCAUCCAGCAGGCUGAGAACAAAGCGCAAAUGCCCGGCAUUGCCUGGGCCUGCUGCCCUCUCCGGCCCCAUUUCCCACGUGUCUCUCUUUCGCUCACUCCAUCCAACUACGCUGGCCUCCAAACUUGCUCUUUAGAAGCACCCAGCCCAUUUCCCGCCCUGGGCCUUCAUACAUUCAGAUCCCUCCGCCGGGAACGCCCUUCCCGCCGAACGCUGCAGAGCUGGCUCCUCCCAUCACCUUCCUGACCACUUGCCUACAGAAUCCACUCCAGCACGCAGGGGACCCACGCAGUCUGUCUCACCCAGCUUAUCUUCUCCAGACACUUGUCGGCCUCGGGAAUUGCCUUGUUUAUUUCUCCGCUCCUCACUUAUGGUCUGUCUCCCGCCCAAGGAGGUCAGUGCUAUCGUGGCAGGAAUUCAGCGAUAGAGCUCACGGCUGACUUCCAACAGCUAGCACAGGGCCCGGCAGCCAGCAGGUACUCAACAGACAUUUGUGGAAUGAAUGAAAGACGGAGGGGAAGCAAGAAAAAGGGCCAGAAAGUAGAAAGGCUUUUGCUUUUAACAUUGGAAAACGGGACGUCCGAGCACCUCUCUCUCUCUCUCUCUCUCUCUCUCUCUCUCUCUCUCUCUCUCUCUCUCACUCACCCGGUGGGGAGGCAGGGGCAGGGCUACCUCUGCACACUGUACACGCAGUGAUGCCGACUGGAAAUAUCAUGCCAGUCACGAGGGCCUCGUUAAAGCCUCCCCCGACACCUGCUUCCAGUGACUCACGCCUGAAAAGUAAGUGUUCCAACUAAUUAGCUCUACCUUCCCGAGCCCGGUGGGUGUCAUAGAGAUCAGGCACUGCUGUCACCGUGAUAAUACCUUAGAUUUAUGGAAUGAACCUUUCCCCCCUCCGAAGUGGCUAAGAGAGAACGGAAGACAAUUGAAAACGCAAAACAGGCAGAAACGUGACACACAAAGAGCCUUUAAAACUCCAGGGAGGGGAAAGCAAAUACCAUUUGAGGUGGGGGGAGCCCAGAACGGGCCACGCUGGGAGGGGAGUCGCGCGCCCACCACACCGAGGGCAGAGGAGGAGGUGGGGUCACUGAGGGUCCAGGUUUCUGGCAUCUUCUUGCCCAGAUUCUCAUCUGUGCUGGUGGCUGAGGUGGAGGCCCAGACGCAGGCACCUCUCAAGACCUCCCUUGAGGGACAAAGGGGCUCGAGAUACUGACCUUCACGCCCAGAGUGGUGCUUGAGGAUCCUUUGCCCUAAUUAAGAAUCCGGAGGCCUCAGGACACCUAACUAGCCACUUCUAGGACCAUCAUCGACCUUGACCAUCGUGGCUUGUCCACUCUUUUUUAGCAAUAUGAAAUCUGAUAAAGAAGCCCAGCUAAAAAUUGGACUGAAUAAGGGCUGUUCUGAUGGAAGUUGGGGGCACAAUUCUUCCCACGGUGCUAAGGGGACCUCCCUUUUGAGCCCGCUACAGGCCGCUAACUGCGUGCGGUGAAAGUCACGGUGAGUGGAAAGCACUGCUCUAGGGGAAACGGCAAAGCAGACCUUUCCCAAACUUGUCUUAUUUUUUAGGUCCCAUGGACAUCCCCCAUCUACAGUUGAGCUCAGGGCUUCCCUAAGACUCCCAGUGGGGAUUGGGAAAGGCUGAUUUCACAGUACAGAUUCUCAGCCCACCUCUGAGGAGGGCUGGGACCUCUCAUCUCAGGCACAGAAUUUAAGGGGGAGUCAAAAAAAAAAAAAAAACCUUAGUAAUCAAGAUAAAUCCUAUUUCAAUGCAAUAUUUUUCAAAAAUCAAGACUAAUGCUAAAAACCCAUGAUGAACAAAAUAAAGACAGGAUCUGCCUUUGCAAUUGCGUAACUCUGACCCACAUACCUCUCUUUAGUUCCGGUCCUGACUGGACACCCCUGCCAUAUCCUGCAGGACAGUUCCAGCCAGCCAAGCCAGUCCCCCAGGAAGCACAGGUGGGAGCCUUUAGCACCUGGCACCGCAGCUGCUGGGCAUUGGCACCCUUCCCACUGGAGGGGAUCCGAAUGGCCACCAACCCCCCCCCUGCUACCCCAGUGAACAUUUGAGAACCAGGCCCCUGCCCUCAUGGGGCCCACACAGUGAUGGGGAGAGAGAGACAGUGAAAUGCAAAUUGAAGAAAAUAAUUUUUGAUGUUGGUGAGCACAGGGUGACCUGGCAGACAGCGACUGGGGCCAGAGGAGAGGUGGAGAGCAGCCCCUGAAGAGAGUCAAGGAAGGACUUUCUGAGUAGGUGACAUUGAAAUGGGGACCGGGAGGAGGGGAAGGGGCAGCCAUCCAAGCAGAGGGGACAGCCAGUGCAAAGCCCAGAGGUGGGGAAGCCCUGGACAUCCCACCAGAUGUCGAGGGAGCCUGUGGGCACGUGGCCCCACUGCGAGAAUCCUUCCUCCUACGGAGAAAACUCAGAUCUGCAAAGUUGACACUCUUUGAACAAACGUUUCCAGAGACCUUACUCUGAGCCAGGCCCUCUCAGAGCAGCUGGGGACAAAACAAUAAAACAACAGAACUGGACUCAGUCCCUGCCCCAGAGGUGCUUAUUAUUUAAUGGAGAAAAAGACACGUGAAUAAAAGAUUUCUGCACACGUGGGAUGAUGGGGGUGCAGGCUCAGGGAGCUGUAGGAGCAUGGAGAACGACAUCAACUGGGAAUUCCCUGGUGGUCCAGUGGUUAGGACUCGGUGCUUUCACUGCCAGGACCUGAGCUGGAUCCCUGGUUGGGGAACUAAGAUCCUGCAAGCUGCACAGCCAAAAAAGAAAAAGAAAAAGAAAAAAAGACAUCAGCUAAAGGAAGCAUGAUUUUCACUCAGAUUUACAUUUGCUAAAACGGCCUCACAUAUAUUUUCCUCCAGGAAAAAAAAAAUAGUAUUCCUCCUAACACUGGUUCUGCUAUCUCUCCAUCCAGUCCUGUUAACUUAUAUCAGGAAUCUGGCCACUUAACCUCCUCCAGUGGUCCAGCCCCCAUCCUCUCCCACGUGGAUUGUUGCUGAAGCCUCCUCCUUGGUUUCCCUGCUCUCCUGCUUCCCCUCCCCUCUGUUCUCUGCACAGCACCAGACGGACCCUGUUGAAACGCAACUCCGAUCGUACUCAUCCUCUGCACAGAGUGUCUCCCCCAACCUGGUGACAUUCCAUCCCACUCAGUCAAAGCCAGUGUCUCUUGCGGCCCCAGCUCCCUGACCUGGUGUCCUUGUCACCUCCUCAUCUCUCCCUUCAGCUACACCAAACUCUUUAUUCAAUGAACAGACCAAAUACAGUCCCUCCUCAGGGCCUUUGCACUUGCUGUUUCCUCUGCCUGGAAGACUCUUCCCUAAGGUAUAUCCACGUGCUCCCUCUCUUUAUUAGGGUCUCUGCUCAAAUGUCGCUUAAACAGAGAGCCCUUAUCUGACCUCCUCCCCACAGCCUGUAUAAAAGACCACACUUCUAGCAUGACCCCAGUGUAUUAACCAUGGCUUUUCUUUUCUGUAUUCUGAUGCUUUGACAUCCGGGACCUUGCAGACCCUGCAAGGACUGCUCCUUCCAGGGACAGCCAGUUCCUAGAGACGGUAAACCACUCACCCGCAAGCGUGCUUUGCAAAUACAAACCAACCAAUCCGGAUUCCAUACCCUUAGCCACCUCCUUCCACCUCCCUUUUUGGGCUCUCACACACCAGGCCACUGUCCACAUGCCCUCAUCACCCCAGGGCCAGAUCAGACAACCAAGCACAGCCCUAUGCCCCAGGGCUCGCUGAAAUUUUUCAAACUAGCCAAUCCUAAGCCUGCUUACCCUGCCUCGCCCACUCCUUCCCUCAAAAACCUCUGUAAAGUUCUUGCCCACAGUUACCCCUUCCCUCUGCCUCUGACCAGCCCUGUGCUUCCCCAUGUGUCCCCCCACGAUGUGGCAUGCCCCCUUCUCUUGGGAACUAUGAGUAUAACAAACUAUC